GGAAGUUGGACACCGAAAUCGACACCGACUUCGUCAUCACAAAACGAAAGUGUCAUGGAGGAAUUGGACGAAAACGCUCGUGAUAAGGAAAAAUCGUUGGCAAAAAACAGUAAAACUGAGGACGGUGAAAACAUGAAAACACAGAUUCAUAAGCCCUGUUCCCAGGGCAAGCAAGACACAUCCACCGCUGUUACCACCACGGAGUACUGCGAAAAAUUACAGGAGUGGAUGUGGCAGUACUACUACAGCUAUAUGAACUGGCAGAGCUGGAUAUCCGUGUCUGCGUUUUCCUUCCCACCGUGUUUCCCAACACAAGGAACAAAUGAAACGUCCGGGGCGGCGACAUGGGGUGCAGAUAUGUCUAAUGGAGACCUUCGCAAUUGGUUUAGCAGCCCGUUUGGUUUUCCUGCUGCAGGACAGAGUCCUCGAGCUCCGGCCACAGCAGCCGCGCAGCUGCCACAACAACAACAGCAGCAGCAGCCUAAUGGAAACGCUCAACAGCCAGGUAGGGAAUAUUCUAUUCCCUCUCCUCUCCAACGGUUCUUGGCAGAAAUGGUGGAUUUCUUUAUUCUUUUUUUCAUUAAAGCUACAAUUAUCCUCAGUAUUGUCCAUUUGAGUGGAAUGAAGGACAUCUCAAAGUUUGCCAUGCACUUCGUUGUAGAGGAGAUUGAUGAGGACACAUCAAUUGAGGAACUGCAGAAGAUGAUGCUUGUGGCUCUAGUGUACAGGAUAUUAGUUUGCUUUUAUGAGAUCAUGUGUAUUUGGGGAGCUGGUGGGGCUACACCAGGGAAGUUUCUCAUUGGCUUACGAGUGGUCACAUGUGACAGCUCCGUCCUGGUUCAACCAAACCGCAUUCUUGUGGUUCCAGCGACUAACGUCACGCUUUCUGCGUCGACAGUGAGAGCGUUAAACAAGAACUUCUCCAUCGCUUUCUUCUUUCCGGCAUUCAUCACGCUUCUUUUCUUUCAGCACAACAGGACUGUGUAUGAUAUUGUGGCUGGCACCAUUGUGGUCAAGAGAAACAGGCUUAGAUGACUGUCACUGAGGUCGAU